AUGGCGUCCGACUUUGUUGGCUACACCAUUCUGGUCACGCUACAGAAUCCCCCGCAGGCUCAGAUACAGGGCGUCGUGGCCGACGUCGUCAAUCAAAAGCUCAUUCUGCAGAAUGUACUCCUUUGGAAUGGCCAACGACUCGCAUCCUAUGCCAUUGACUCCUCCGCUAUUGCAGAUCUGGAAGUCUCCCCUUCGCAACCGACCCUCACUGAAGAGGAGGAAUUGCCUACACCAGUCGCCUCUGCUCAACCGCAGAAACCCAGAAUCCCCCAAGUUCUUCAACAGCAGCAGCAAAAUGCACCCGCCUUCGUCGACCCCGCCAUCAUAAGCUACACGAAACCGCCGGUCAAACUUGGGCUAACACCAGCAGUCGUUCAGCAGCCGCAGCCAGUGUCUCCGAUAAUGAUCGCCGACGGGAUCGUGAGCAACCCGCCGGCGCAUAGAGCACGGAACGGCAACGUAGGCUAUAGCUCUGUGUCCAGUAUCGCCACGGCAGUCCCCAGGAAGACGGAGAAAAGAAACACACCUGCCAGUGCCACCCUUACAGAGCCGUUUGAUGCAUUGAAUCUGGAGAGCAAUGUUGUUGCUGCUGCUAAGCCAGCACCCUUGGCAACAAGCGAAAAGAAGGCACAAUACACACCGUCACAAACGGGGCCGGGGAUUAUCGACAUGAAGGAUGUCAACCAUGGUCCGCUCAAGGGUCAGAAGAAAGCAGGAAAAGGUAAAGGUUGGCGACAGACUCCCUUUAUUGAGGAGGUGCCGCGACAGCCCAGAAAGAAAGCCCAGAGGGGUCGGAAAGCCGCGGAAGAAAUCAACGGUUGGGCUACAGAAGAUGCCACAGACAUCCAAGAUAUGGGCGACUUUGACUUCGAAACUAAUCUCUCCAAAUUUGACAAGCGACGAGUCUUUGACGAUAUCCGGCAAGCAGACACCACCGCGGAAGCCGACCGACUAGUGAGCUUCAAUCGUAGAGCACGGCCUGGUACCAACGGAGGCCGAAACCUGCACUUCACCGAAAAUGUUCUGGACAAGCCAGAUGGAAAGGACAAAGAUCGAUGGAAGAGUGAAGCUGGGGAAACUGAAGAUGAAUCACUUGGCGGAGAGGGUCAUUACAGCAGCGGGCGAGGUUCCAAGCGGGCUGGCUCUCGACGGCCCCUUGGGUCAAGAAAGGGCAGUGUCAUACCUCCGCACCUUGACCGAACAGAAUCGCCACGUCCUCUGGGUCGAAUGCAGACCUCAUCGCCCCUCAAUGGGUCCGUGUCCGGCAACCGGGGUAGCUUCAAACUUCUCAACAACAAACCGUGUCAUUGUCUCUCACCGCUGCAGAUGCUCGAAAUAGAGCAACUCUGCACUUCAGAACUCGGCCUCACGGAAGACAUGCUGUCGGAGAAUGCCGGACGGAGUAUAGCCAUGGCGUUACUCAAGAUCCCCGACGUCAGAAGUGUGCUGUUCCUAGUGGGCAAUCACAAGUCAGGUGCUAGAGCCAUCGCCGCAGCCAGGCAUCUGCGAAAUAGAAGGCUUCGAGUGACCAUUGUCAUCCUUGGGGGUGAGCGUGAAGAACUGCUCCUGGAGGUUAUGAGGAAACAACUCGGCAUUUACAAGAAGGGACAAGGGUACGUGGAUCGCUGGGAUGAAUAUCAGACCAAAGCUAGCGCAGGCGGGCCUACCCCCGACGUGAUUGUCGAUGCUCUGCUUGGAGUGCACGUCACGUUUGAAGAGCUACGGACGGACGACCAAGCCACUGUCCUGGAGAUGAUCCGCUGGGCCAAUCGCAGCUCUCUCGUUCUCUCCAUCGAUGUGCCAAGCGGGUUAUCUGCCACGUCGGGGCUGUUGACGGAAGUUGAUGGACAGCCACUGGUUAUGAACAGUACGCACAUCGUCAGUCUAGGGGCGCCGAAGACGGGCUUGCUCUAUGGGAUGUCCCAUGAUGGAGUCACAGAGCCUACCUGGCAGGUGUGGGUAGCAGACAUCGGCAUCACAGCAGCGGCGUGGCAGAAGCAUGGAUCUCGAAGAAAACAUGGAACCGACUUUGGCACGGAAUGGGUGAUCGCCGUCAAGUACGUCUCGGGCUUACCAACUUGA